AUGUACUAUUCACCUACAACAUACUAUCGAAUUCAAAGAUAUGAUUCGAAUAGUUCAUUAUUCGGUACGACUGUCUUCGGAGAAACUGUUUGCGGCACACCACCAAAUCAAUUUUGCGGUUGUACUGAUAUUUUUAUUGAUCGAAGAAAUUCGAUCUAUUGCUCAGAUUCAUUGAAUCACCUUGUUAUUAAUAUAACACCAAUGAAUCCUCAAGCAACAAUAGUAGCGGGUAUUACAAAUUCAUCAGGAUCACAAUUGAAUCAACUUAACAGUCCUCAAGGGAUCUUCGUUGAUAACAAUGGUACUUUGUUUGUUGUGGAUUCAGGCAACAACGGAAUUGGGGGUUUAACAGUGGACAGUGCUGGAAGUGUAUAUGUUAUUGGAUCUACUCUGCAAAGAUGGUCCCCAGGAACGACUUACUUGACCACAAUUUUCAAUUCUUCAGCUUGGAGCUCUUAUUAUUAUUAUUAUUAUUAUACGGGUCAACGGAUAGCAUUCGAUAAUUUUGGUAAUAUGAUUCUCAGAUUGGGUUCGGGAUCGGGUCUUGGACUAUAUAACAUUCUUACGAAUGCUUGUUAG